AUGGCUUUCACUCCCAGAGGUGGCGCACCACGCGGACGCGGUGGAUUUGGCGAUAGAGGAGGUCGUGGGGCGGCAGAGGUUCGCGCAUCAGUUCCAGCUUCGGAUGACCAGUUUCUAACGAUAUACACAGGCGGCUUUGGCGACCGUGGUGGCAGAGGCGGCGGCCGCGGUGGAUUUGCUUCGCGCGGUGGUGAUCGCGGCGGAAGAGGGGGCGGUAGAGGCCGUGGUGCUCCUCGCGGUGGUGCUCGUGGAGGAAGAGGCGGUGCUGGCGCUGGCGCCCGUGGAGGCCAGAAGGCGAUUGUUGAGCCGCAUAGACACGAGGGCGUCUACAUUGCGCGCGGUAAAGAGGACAUGUAA